AUGCAAGACCUCAAUUCAACUCUGCGUAGUUUGCGCGAAAAAAUAGAAAGAAAAGACACGCGAAUAAGGAUAUUAGAAAAACGUUUAGUAGAAUAUGAAGAGGAAAAUAGGCAGCUCAGGAUAAAGCUCAACAAAUUCCAAGAUGUCAUGAUACCUAGCAUAACACAGAAAGUCCACCGUUUAGGAAUAUCUGCAGAACCACAGAGGGUUAGCAGGAUUUCGCAAAUAAAGUUAGAUGGCUUAAAAACUUAUGAAAAGAAUCAAAGAUCGAAAGAGUUAAUUAAAGCUGCAAUUCUAAGUAAUGACUUCCUAAGAAAUCUCGAUGAAGCGCAAGUUGGAGAAAUUGUAAGUUGUAUGUAUCCUUAUGAUUAUAAGCAGGACCAUUACAUAAUUAAGGAAGGAGAAUCUGGAAAUCAUUUGUAUGUUAUCGAAGAUGGUGAGGUUGAAGUUACCAAGGAAGGUAAAAUCCUGAGCUACAUGAAAUCUAGGACAGUGUUUGGAGAGCUUGCCAUUCUCUAUAACUGCAAGCGAACAGCUACUGUAAAAGGCAUAAUAUCUUAUUUUAAUACUUUGUUUGGACUUGCAGCAAUUACUGAUACGAAAUUGUGGCUAUUGGAUCGGGCAAGUUUCCAAAGUAUUAUGAUGAGAAUUGGUAUCGAUAAGCAUCAUCAACAUAUGACUUUCCUUAAAGGGGUGCCAAUUUUUGAAAGUUUACCGGAAGAUAUCAUCUCGAAAUUAGCUAAUGUUUUGGAAGAGGCCAAGUUUAGAAAAGAUGAAUACGUCAUCCGUGAAGGUGCUCAUGGUGACACGUUUUAUAUUAUUAGCUACGGCCGGGUUAAAGUUACAAAAACUACAAAGGAAGGUGAGCAAUUCAUAAGAAUCCUCCAAGAAAAGGACUCUUUUGGUGAAAAAGCCCUCCUUGAAGAAGAAAAGCGUUCAGCAAAUGUGAUUGCGAUGGAUGAGGAAGUAACCUGUCUAGUUGUUGAUAGAGAAUCUUUCGUUAGCUUAAUAGGACAUAUCAAAUCCGUUGGACACCGAGAAGAAUUAUUUAAAGCGAAAUAUCCCAGUCAUUCAGAAUCUUCGGAUAACCUUAAGUUAGAAGAUAUGGAGUUACUAAAAACCCUUGGUGUAGGAGGAUUUGGUCGUGUCGAACUGGUUAAGGUGAAGCAAGACAGUAGUGUCUCUUAUGCCUUGAAAAUAUUGAAAAAGCGACAUAUUGUAGAAACUCGCCAAGAAGAGCAUAUAAUGUCUGAGAAAAAAAUAUUAUUGGAAGCCAAUUGUCCUUUUAUUGUCAAACUCUACAAGACUUUCAAAGAUACGAGAUAUUUGUAUAUGUUACUUGAAGCCUGCCUAGGAGGUGAAUUGUGGACUAUUUUAAGAGACAGGGGUCAUUUUGACGAUAAAGUUACUCGUUUUUAUACUGGUUGCGUUGUGGAAGCUUUUAGUUAUUUACAUAAUAACGGAAUCAUUUAUCGUGACUUAAAGCCUGAGAACCUGUUAGUUGACUCACGAGGAUAUGCUAAACUGGUUGAUUUUGGAUUCGCUAAGAGGAUUGGUUUCGGGUAUAAAACUUGGACUUUUUGUGGAACACCAGAAUACGUAGCACCCGAAAUAAUUCUCAAUCGUGGACAUGAUUUUUCCGCAGACUAUUGGUCACUUGGGAUCUUAAUUUACGAGUUACUUACUGGAAGUCCUCCGUUUACUGGAUCCGAUCCUAUGCAAAUAUAUAACCUUAUCCUAAAAGGGAUGGACGCCAUAGAUUUUCCCAGAAAUAGAAUAUCAAAACAAGCUCAAAACCUGAUUAAAAAGUUAUGCCGUGAGAAUCCCAAUGAUCGUCUUGGGUAUCAAAAGAAUGGUUUAAAGGACAUUAUGAAGCACAAGUGGUUCGAUGGAUUUAACUGGAUAGGCCUACGCAGUAGAACACUUGACCCCCCUUACAAGCCGAAGAUUCGUAGUCCGUUCGAUGGAGGUAAUUUCGACGAUUAUCCGCCAGAUGAAGAUGACGUUCUGGAAGAUGACUCUGGAUGGGAUCAGAGCUUCUAG